AGUAAUACUAUGAAAAUCUGAAAAAUCUUCUGCUUGUUCAUACAUUUGCUCUGCAGAGAAGAAACAACAAGCAGUCUUACGUUAAAAACUAAAUUGCAAACAGAAACAGUGUCAUUAAUGCAAACCAGGUGUUGGAUUUGACACAUAUGUCUCUGUUGAUUAAACAUAUUAUGAGAGUUAGUGUGAUGCAAUGGAUGCUGGAGUGCAUAGUUUUUUAAAGUCUUCAAAGUAGAAGACUACAAAAAAUCUUCUACUUUUUAUGUACCCUAAGCUUUUUAUGUAGCUUAGGGUACAUAAAAAGACCCUGAGCUCUUAAAUACGAUUUAAGAAUCCAGUUUGAGCGUGCCGUGUGCAUCAGAAACCACGUCACCAUCUAUUUACGAGCUUCUUUUUAAGUGUUGGGUUUUACGUGGCGGUGCAGAGAAACACUGCAACAAAUGGAACCAAGUGAAACAUACCUGCCGUAUAGGAAGGAAGAGACGGCAUGAUGUAUUUCACACGACACACUCACGUCCUCCACAAAGGUCACAUCUCUCACAGAUCUGAAGGGCUCAAAGCUUCCAGGAAGUACACGCAGAAAAACUCGUCUGCUUUGGGGAGCGUCUGCUCAGAAGCGCAUGGGAUGCCACGGGCGACAGGCCGCUCCACUGCAUCAUGAUCAACACCUACCAGACCAGCAUGGCGCUGCCGCAGGUGCCUCCGCCGGUGCCGCCGCGGCUCGGCAGGCCCGAGCCCAUCCUCAUCCCGACCCAGCUCCCAUCGCCAGGCUACAGCAAGCCACUUCUGCGAUUUCUGGUCUGCGUGGUGACGCUGCACUUGUUUCUGUCUGUCGGAGGUUUUCUAUACCUGUACUACAAUGAAAGACAAAUUGCACAUGCAACAUACUCCUCACCACAAGGAAGAGUUGGUUUUCCCCCCGUAGAAAAACAAGAAACAACCUACAAAGCCUUUGCACGCAUGUUAAUUGGAAAACCAAAUGCUAUAAUUGAGAAAAAAUCUGGUUACCUUGAGUGGAGAAUGGACCUCUCAGUUCGCAAGAACAUCAACUACUACGGCAAUAGCUGGCUGACGGUCCUGGAGCCCGGUGACUACCUCAUCUACUCCAGGGUGACCUUCUCCAAGCACAGCGUCGCCCCGCUGACCGGCUGCAUCAAGCUGAGGAACAUGGAGACGGGAGAGGAGAAGGAGGUGACCAAGGCCCACUGCAGCCUGAGCGACAAGGACGGCCUGAACCCUCAGCUGUGCACAGUUACGCUGCAGGACGUGAUCACGCUGAGCAGGGGGAACCAGCUCUCCGUCUGGGUGGAAAACCUCUCGCUUGUGGACUACGGAAAGCAAUCGACGAGUUUUGGGAUGUAUAAGCUGUAGGAGCCGCGUGGACCGGGACUCCAAAACAGGGAUCUGCGACUGUGGAUGGAAUAUCGAUACUAAGAAGACUCUGCAGGAGUUAAUCAACAAACUCUUGUGGAAUUUAGAGACAUUUCCAAACUAUAAUUUAUUAAAUAACAUUGUCUUUUUCUUUGUUAUUGUCAGUGAUUGCUUUGUGUUUAUUUAUA